AUUUGCGCAAAUCAUGACUCUGGUUCCACUGCGCAUUGGAUUGUUUGGCUGCGGCACCGUCGGCGGCGGUGUGUUCCAAAUCCUCGAGUCCCGCGCGGCCUUCCUCAAGAGCAUCGGGGUGAACGCGACGAUUGAGAAGAUCUGCGUGCGGAAUGCUACCAAGCCCGAGUUGGUCGCGCUGGUGAAAGGCCACUCGACGACCAUCACGACCAAGUACGACGACAUCUUGGACGACAGCUCGAUCAACUGUAUCGUGGAGCUCAUGGGCGGCGUCACGGACGCGAAGGAUGUCGUGUUCAAAGCCAUCCAGAAGAACAAGCACGUGAUCACGGCCAACAAGGCGCUCGUCGCGAACCACAUGACCGAACUCAACGAGUUGCUGCAAGCGCACCCGACCGUCCGAUUCGGUUACGAGGCGUCCGUGUGCGGCGGUAUUCCCAUCAUUCACACGCUGCAAAGCUCUUACUCGGGUGACGUGAUCAAGGAGAUUGCCGGCAUCAUGAACGGCACCACCAAUUACAUGUUGUCCAAGAUGGAAACGGAAGGCGCGUCGUACGAAGCUGUGCUCAAGGAAGCGCAGGAUUUGGGCUACGCCGAGGCCAACCCGAGCGCCGACGUCGAUGGAUUCGACGUCCAAGCAAAGAUUGCCAUCCUUGCCAAGCUUGGAUUUGGCUGUGUCAUCCCCCCGUCGUCCAUUCCCACCACGGGCAUUACCCGCAUCAAGGCGAUUGAUUUCGAGUACGCGCAGCUCAUGCACAGCACGAUCAAGCUGUUGGGCGUGGCCAAGCGGUCGAACCCCCACGCACCCAACGAGAUUUCCGUGUUUGUGUCGCCCAUCCUCGUGCCCCGCAGCAACGUGAUCGGGUCGUGCGGCGGCGCCAGCAACAUUGUCAACGUCGUGUCGGACAACUGCAUCAAUGGGGCGUACGUGGGCCAGGGCGCCGGUCGGUUCCCCACGGCCAACUCUGUCGCGAACGACAUUGUGCGUCUCGCGCAGGGCGUCGUGCCGCCGGCGGCGUUUGCCGCCACCCAGCAGGUGACGAUCCAAAAUGACUUUGCGGGCAAGUUUUACAUGCGCAUUCGCAUCUCGGACGGACUCGGCAUUGUCCGCCGCGUUGGCGAAGAAGCCGAGAAGGCCGGCAUCUCCAUCGACUCGAUCUUGCAACUGCCCAUCCAGGACCGACGCAACGUCGACUUUGUUGUCACGACGGACGUGACUCAACUGUCCAAGGUCCACGUCAUGGCCAAGGGCAUCGAAGGACUUCCGUUUGUGCUGGAACCGCCGCUGUUUUUGCCCAUCUUGUAAACAAGGUCUUGGCCAUAAUACGAUAUGCAUAUAUUGGCUUCAGUGGGUAGGUACUAACUAGCUGGAACCCACAUGGAAACGGGGAGGCUACAGAGUACAGUAUUAUACAGAGUCAAUCCUCGUGAUUCCUUGUCACGCUGGGGUUGCUCCAAGUGGAAAGCAUCAUUCAUUAUGACACUCAAUCGGAAGUUGAUGUGUUAUCGACGCCAGCAGUAAGAAUAAUGCGC